AAGGCACUUUGGCUUCACAGUGCAAACUGUAUAUGCAUAUGCUAGUGUUUCUUUUGAUAAUCUAAAAAAAACCAACACUGACUCCAAUUUAAGAGAUUAUGAUAUAGUAGUACUGAUGAUAUUACAGUGCAAACUCUUAUUCCUGGCCUAUUAAGAUGCUGAUUUGUUACACAAAUUAGUAGUAAAAGAGAAUGUUAAAUGUAGAUUUGAAUUUAUUCUUGCUGAUUUGUUACACAAAUUGUUGGUUCUGAUAUAAUGUGUAUCUCUUAUUAUAUUCAGGGAGCUGGUUCCAAUGGUGGUGAUGGAGGGGGGAGGGGAAGUAAAGCGGGUAGGGGAAGAGGUGGACGGGGAAAUGAUAGUGCGGAAGGAAGGGGUCGUGGAUGUGGUGGACGGGGAAAUGGUAUUGGUGAAGGACGGGGUCGUGGAGCUGGGGAAACAAUGGAGUAACCAGCUAGGUCUGAAGAUAGGGGAAUUGUUCAUUUCCUCGGAGGAAGAAGCAUCAGGGAGGCUAAGAAGAAAAAGACUCUCAGCUACAUUAUCAAAGUGAAUUGGGAUGAAAAUACGCAUCAAUCAAAGGGACUGGAACGUGAAGCCUUUUAUGACCGCUGUCUUAAGGAGUUCAAGUGAUCCAACAGAGGCGGAUAGGGCUGUCAAAGAGUUUGUGAAAAAGAAUUAGAAGAACCUCCCUUAUCAGGAAAAGAAAAGGGCAGAGCAAUCAGCUGUAUAUGCAAGGAGGGGAGGUUUAAAAACUGCUACUCGACGUUCUUUCAGGCCUCAUUACUUCAGCCAACGUAUUUGGGACAACCUCAACUCGUAUAUGGGGUCUGACUUAUUUAAAAAAAGGUCUGAUAAUGCCAAGAAAGCUCGAGCGCAGGUGGAACAUAUUCACCACAGUGGGGCCAAGCCUUUCAGCUUUCAGCCAGAGAAGGGAGGAACUCGAGGAAGAAAAACAAGGGCAUAUUUCUAAUAUGGAGUUCAUGAAUCAUGUGUACCACUUUGACGAUCCAGCUACUCAAAAAUUGAAGGGACAUCGACAUGGAUUUGUCUAAAGAACUCAAGCAUAAUGAAUCUAAUGUACAAGAUGCACAGCCGCAUGAUGUACAAGAUGCACAGCCUCAUGUGGAAAAGUUAGCUACUUUAGUAGGACAGCUAAUAAGCAUCAAAAAAAUAUUUCAGACACAUGAUUCUACCAUACAAUCAGAAGCUGAUGUACUUGAUGCUCAACAUGAGGAGGCUGUUUCUCUUAAAAGAGAACUCUUUAAAGAUUCCCAGAUUUACAAACUAUUGGGAGUGAAGGAGGGGAGUGGCUGCUCCGCUGCCCUCAUUCAAUUAUUUUGUGAUUUUUUUGAUCAAGAAAGAGGUAUCUUCAAGAUCAAAGAGGGAAUAGAAAUCAGUUUUUGUGCACACCGGGUUGCAGAUUCAGUAUCAAUCAACCAUACCGGUAAGCCAAUCAGGGAAUUUGAGAUGCAGGGGAAGGAUAAAAUGAUGCGGCUUCCACCUUUUGUGGAUAGUUUAAAACAGUUGUAUGUUUCUAAGAAUGAGAAAAAGGAGAAAAAAGAUAGAAACGACAAGGAGAAGCACAAAAACAGGAUUAAGAGGGAAUUGAGUUGUCACUCCUUGAUAGAGAUUUUGAGGCGCAUGCCUGUGGAAACGGAUGAACAGAAAGACCAAUACAAGCAGCUUGUUCGCUUGUUUGUGGAUGACCAGAUUUUCCUUCCAUCUAGCGAAAAUGCAUACAUCAGGAGUGGGAACUACAAGUAUUGCGUUGACGCGUCCACAUUUGAAUCAAUUAAUUGGGCUCAAGCAAUACUUGACAGAAUUUAUGAGGCUGUUAAGAAGAACACUCGGACAUUUAGUGCUUGCAGUACUGUUUUUCAGAUCAAUAAAUGUGGUCUUUGUUCUCAACUUGACCAUGGACUUGACCAUGGCCACCACACGCCACUUUUUCAGAAAGCUUGUGAGGGUGUCAUGCUUGCGCAUGUAAUCGGGCAAGCAAGACAGGUACUAGAGGGAUCCUUGGAGGGUGAUUACCUCUCGGAAAUCAAUGAUUUUGGUCUUGUUGAAGACUUGAAAACUCAAUAUUUGGGAAUAGAUGAUAGAGAUGACUGGAGGUUAAUUGAAGCUCUUUCAAUGAAGGAUGCCUGCAGAUACACAGAGCCAGAAGCUCUGCUGAUUAACCUAAGUUCCACUCCAAAAACUUCGAACAUUGUAACUGUUCAUCCUCAAAUUGCGGAGCCAUCUGCGGAGCAACUAUGCGUGCAACAUCCGACUCUUGGUUAG